UACAGUGAAACUAUAUGCCAGAAGUUUGUAUAAUGAAGCAUUUCGCUAGUUGAAAGAGAAGGAAUAACCAGUAAAAUUAAAUGUAUAUAAUAUACAUUAGUUUUAAUAAGAAUAAUAUUCUGUAAUUAUGAAUACUUGGUCAUGAAAUGCUUUUACUCAGUACAGUAAAAUUUGAUAUAACAGGUUUAAAUAAUUUAGAGAAGAAUCAAGAGGAAUGACAAUUCAUGUUUCAACGAUGAGUACGUAACAAAUAUUGCGAGGCUACGAUUCUAUUCGGAUUCAAAACUCGGGAUCUGAUUGGCCAGACAUAAUAAGUACAGAGUUGAUAAAAAUGUCUGUCCAGGACCGUCGCCAGUCAUUAUUUCGUAUACCCCACAAAUAAUAUCGUCAUGUCUGGUCGUGGAAAAGGUGGCAAAGUAAAGGGGAAGAGCAAGACUCGGUCCAGUCGUGCUGGUCUUCAGUUUCCUGUAGGUCGUAUCCAUCGUCUUCUGCGAAAGGGAAAUUAUGCAGAAAGAGUUGGUGCUGGAGCUCCAGUGUAUCUUGCUGCAGUUUUAGAAUAUUUGGCAGCUGAGGUUCUUGAGUUGGCCGGUAAUGCUGCUAGAGAUAACAAGAAGACCAGAAUAAUUCCAAGACAUCUGCAGCUGGCCAUCAGAAACGACGAGGAGUUGAAUAAAUUACUCUCUGGCGUCACAAUUGCACAAGGUGGAGUUCUACCCAAUAUCCAGGCUGUUCUACUUCCCAAAAAAAACCGAAAAGAAAGCAUAAUUCCUACUUCCCCUAACGCUUCAAAAAAAAAAAGGCCCUUUUAAGGGCCAGAAAAUGUACGAAGAAGAGAAUGCUUAAUUGCUUAUACUGAAAAUUGCAGCAUACGUUGGUAAAUCUUUUCCAUACAUAUAUUUCAUUCAAAAUUCGCACAAAGAUGUGCUCCCAGGACACAUUCGUAUAUAUUUUCAUGUACAUUAUAAAACAUUAACUCAUGGGACUCGGAAAGAAAGGCUAAUGCUAAACUAUAGGUGAAGGGAGUUUAAGGCGCAUCUGAGAAGUGGCGCCAUCUUGCUGUAUACAUUUGUACUGAAAAGUCGUUCUAUUCUUAACUUUCGUAAGUUAUUACAACGCAUAGUUCGGUGUUUUAAGCCCCUCUUCAGAAAUUACAAAUAAUUUAAUUAGAUGGAAUAAUUGCUAUCACAAUAGAUUUUUAUUUAAAAGAAUGAUGUAAUGUAAAGUAAAACAAAUUAAUAUAAAAAAAAAGACGGAAUACAUGACAGCAAUUAUAUUGAAUCUUAUUAAAUUAUUUGUAUGGCCCUGAAAAGGGCCUUUUUUCUUUACUUUGAACAAAUUAUGAUUUUAAGCUCU